UUCUUUGUAUUUGUUAAGUAUAAAAUGAUUCAAACCUUAGUCUUUUUAAAUCACUUUGAAAAGAUUAAUUGGAAUGGAUGAUAGAAACUCGAGUGAUGACUGCUAUUCGUCUGACUUUGAAGAUGAACCAGAACCUGGGAGUACUACAUGUACAUGUAAGAUCAACUUGGAAAAUGAUGUCAGUAUAACAGCACCAAACAGUUUAUAUAGUAUCUUAAAUGAAUAUAUAACCACCAAAUGGACAGCGAAUAAAAAAAAUAAUUCACUCCAAUUCUUAAACCUCCCCUUAGAAUCAACAUUGGUAUCUGAUAUCCUUAGAACAGUCCUACGGAAGGAUAUAGAAAAACGAAACCCUUGUGUUAAAAUUCAGGAGAAGGAACAAAUAGAUAAGACAUGUUCUUUUAAAUUUAAUUUACUGUCUGAGUUUAAUGACGAAGUGCGUUUUAGAGUCCCAAUUAUAGAUUCUUUCGUUGAAAAGACUAGGAGCCAAUUUUACGAGGUUUUUGCUUGGAUAUAUGACGGAUUAGAGUGGGAAAUGCUUCAAGCCACAGUAAAGGAUGGUUUUGCUGAAUUUUGCUGCUGUCAACUUGAUAGUUUUGGAAUACUUAUUCACUCAAAGAGGAUGAGUGCGAUUGUUAAUCCAUUGGGAACUGAAAUAGAUAUCGGUGAUAGCUGUGCGUGUAUCUUAAAGUUUGAUAAAGAUUGUGUCAAAUCAAAUGAAAACUUUAGGUAUACGGUACACACACCAGACGUUGAGUUUUCCAGAUUCGGUUACACAUCUACACGACAUGUCAAACAUGUGAGCAACAAAUUCAACUUUGAAUACGAUAGAGCAAAAUUCUUAAAACCAAUAAAGGUAGUGGUAUCCCUCACUAACGUUCCUCUUAGACCUGAGAAUAAGUCAAAAGUUGAAGUUUUACUGGUUGGUUACAAGAAUGGAUCAGCUUCUAUUGUUGAGUCCAUGAAGAAGAGUGCAGAUGCUAUUUACAGUGGUUCUCUACAUGGAUAUGACGGAGUAUCUUUGGCAGCAGUACUAAAGACUAAAGAAGACAAAAUUUCCAAGACAGAGUUGACAAAUGAAUUGAAUUUGUUUUAUGGCAGUAGAAUAUUGGGUAGCAUUUUAGUUUAUUUUCUGAAAAGAAAUUCAUCAACAUUACGGCUAAGGGUCAUCUGUUGUCGCACAGAACAGACCAAGUUACUAAAAAUUAAGAAACAUCAAGAGGGGAACUUUCUUAUUCAUAAAUCUGAGAAUUUAUUUUUAACACCAUACCAACGAUUAAAAAUUCGUCCGGCAGGAUGUAUCGGAUUAAAACCAGGCAAUGGUUCUCAUUUAUGGAUGCUUUUCCUGUCAGUCUCAAGUGACAAUUCUUUAACAUUCCAGGUUAAAAUAAACAGAAUAAUGGGGGGAUCACCAAAUGCAAUAUUAUGCUUUUCAACAAACACACAUAGCAGAAACUAUACAGAAAUAACGAAAAUUGAAUUCAAUUUAGAUAGUUUGACAUUUCAUCGAAAUCGACACGACCCUGAAGAAAACCCAUCUAAGGAAGACACUAAAAUAGAUAAUGUUAAAAUUACCAAAAGCAGUGAUUUGAAAUCUAUUGAAGCGGAUGUAGAUCAGGGCGCUUCCUCAACACACUGUUCGGCUGAUUGUAAGACCGUCCUUUCCAAAACAGAAAGUAAACACUCAAUCGAUGGAGGUCUUAUAUUAUCAAACCCGACACUAGCACGAUACGAACAAUAAUGCAGCAUAUGGAUUUUAAUGUGAACUUUAACUUAAACUUAAAUCUUUAAUACCAUGCAUGUAUGCCCAUAGCAUAUAAAGUAUUUUAUUUAAAAAUGUAACAUAAAUAA